UUUGGACUUUUGGCGGCUGUUUUCUAAGUUUUGACAAAUCACACCCUCGAGGCCUCGAGGAUUCCGCCACACUCCCUCACCCACCUGAUAUACCUAACAUCCUGAUCUUCUUCUCCAUAUGCUCAUUCAAUUUUCUUCACUUCAUUGCUGAAUCCUCUUUCCUCGACCUUGAUUUUCUGGAACUUGAAUACCAUGGAAGGAGCCGCUGCCGCUCAAGCUCUAUCCCGAAUUGGACUGGCGGGUCUGGCCGUCAUGGGGCAAAACUUGGCGUUAAACGUCGCCGACAAGGGAUUCCCCAUUUCUGUCUACAACCGGACGACCUCCAAGAUCGACGAGACUGUGGAGCGGGCAAAGAGAGAGGGACAUCUUCCAUUAUUCGGUAAGUACACUCCCCGUGAUUUCGUUCUCUCCAUUAAGAAACCCAGAUCCGUCGUUAUCCUUGUCAAGGCCGGAGCCCCCGUGGAUCAAACAAUCGCCGCCUUGUCGGAGCACAUGGAACCGGGUGACACCAUAAUCGACGGCGGCAACGAGUGGUAUGAGAACACUGAACGUCGCAUCUCGGAGGCAUCGUCCAAGGGACUGCUUUAUCUGGGCAUGGGUGUUUCCGGCGGCGAGGAUGGAGCUCGAUACGGCCCUUCACUCAUGCCCGGUGGCUCCCAUCAGGCUUACCUCAAUGUCCGCGACAUCCUCGAGAAGGUCGCCGCCCAGGUGAAGGAUGGCCCUUGCGUCACAUACAUAGGUGAAGGUGGGUCGGGUAAUUUCGUGAAAAUGGUACACAAUGGGAUCGAGUAUGGCGAUAUGCAGUUGAUUUCCGAGGCCUAUGAUGUUCUAAAGCACUUGGGUGGACUUUCCAACUCCGAGUUAGCUAACACUUUCGCAGAGUGGAACCUUGGAGAGCUUGAAAGCUUCUUGAUUGAAAUCACAGCUGACAUCUUCACGGUCAGAGAUAGAGUGACAGAAAGUGGGGAACUAGUUGACAAGAUCUUGGAUAAAACAGGGAUGAAAGGUACAGGAAAAUGGACAGUCCAGCAAGCAGCGGAACUAUCCAUUGCUGCUCCCACUAUAGCGGCCUCGUUAGACAGUCGAUACAUGAGUGGUUUAAAAGAAGAGAGGAAAAAUGCUGCUGAGAUAUUCAAGAAAGCAGGUCUUAAAGGUAAUUUACCUAAGUUCUCUAUUAAGAAAAAGCGACUAAUAGAUGAUGUCAGGCAGGCAUUGUAUGCUUCCAAGAUUUGCAGUUAUGCUCAGGGAAUGAAUUUAAUAAGGGCAAAGAGUGCCGAGAAAGGAUGGGGUUUGAAUUUAGGUGAGCUAGCUAAGAUAUGGAAAGGAGGGUGUAUCAUUAGGGCUGUUUUCUUGGACAGAAUCAAGAAGGCAUAUCAGAGGAAUCCCGGUUUGACAAACCUGUUGUUGGACCCAGAGUUUGCAAGGGAAAUGGUGGCAAGACAGGGUGGGUGGAGGAGGGUGGUGGGUUUUGCUAUUCACAGUGGGAUUAGUGUUCCUGGGAUGUCUGCUAGCCUUCAGUAUUUCGACACCUAUAGGCGUGCUAGACUUCCGGCCAACCUUGUCCAGGCUCAAAGAGACUAUUUUGGGGCUCACACUUAUGAGAGGGUUGAUAGGGAAGGUUCGUUCCAUACCGAGUGGGCUAAGCUUGCUCGAAAGGCUAGGGUUUGAAGUUUGAACUUUGAAUACCAUGCAGAGAUGAAUUACAUUCAGUGUUGUUUACUUUUCCCGGUUUCUAUCCAUAAUCCAUUGCUUGCUUUACAUUCAUGUGUUAUGUCCCGAUAUUAUUAUCUUGAACUUCUUUGUUUUGUAUCUCUUGAUAACUUUUUUCCCAAUCCUUGGCUUUUUUUUGCAGUCAAUAAGUUGAGCAAUGCCAUUUAAUGUGAUAGAAGAUGAAAAAAUUUCAAUGCUUGAAACUUCUUUUUCAUUAGUUUGAUAGGGCUUUGCUUUGGAUCAUUGAAG